GAUCGAUCUCUAUUACACAAAAGGACGAUACGUAUUUAUUCAUUCUUAUUACUCAUACAAGCGAAUUUUGAAAGACCAUUUUAAACCAGAUAAUAUGAUGCGUCGACUUCAGUUACCAGUUGCAAAGCAACUGCUGAAUUGGGCACUUCCUACGGCAUCAUCUCGGAUGUUUUCACCUUCAACGGGUGAUUCAAGUGGUCCAGAAACGGGCAUCGACGAAAAAUUUGAGUUCUUUGAUGACGAUCUUUCGUUCCUUGACGAGUUUUGUAGCGAAGAGACGGGCGAUUUGAAAUCAUUUAUUCCUGACGAAGACGCCAAAUUUUUGGACCAGGAGGGCAAGUAGUAUAGCGGUCUAAAUAACAACAACUAGAAACAUGAUAAAUACGAAAGGCUUGCACUUGGGUAGCGUUUGGUAAAAUUUAUUCGAACUUAUAAAAUACAUAUUUCGAUAAAUAUAAAUAUAUCUAUCUAUAUAUAUA